AAGUGGUAGUUUCAGAAACUUAAAAAUACAGUUUAGGGUUUAUUCUAACUACAACUUAUGUCUUGUAAUUAAAUACAAGAAACACAAAAAUAUUAGUGUUUUUACUAUGUGGUAAUGGGUAGUAUUAUUCGGUAUUUGCAGCUAUCAGUAAUGUUUCUAACAGUACAUUCUCAGUUUUUGUUAGUGUUUUAACAUAUAAAAGACAAAUUAUACAGAAAAAUACAUGUCAGUACUUAAAUUUCAGUCUACAUGUGCUAACAGAUUAAACAUGUCAACACAAAACUAAAAAGUAAAAACAUCAAUAAAUGCAUCUGUGAGUCAUUUUAAAACAACAUUUCACUCAAGCACAUUUUCAUAUUCUCAUUUAUCACACCGACAUUGCAGGAAUUAUUGACGUUAGACAUUAGUUGUCUCUGAAUUACAUUCAGCAGUGGUGUGUGUCUUUGUUUCUGAACAUUUAACCUUGCGAAACAUCUUUUAGACUCAUGUACACAAAACAGUAUAAGCAUCUCCACAGGAAACUGUCAAGCCAGUAGCAAAGUUAGUUUCAUUCUUCACACUAAAGAGCUGGUGUAUUUCAUUUGCUAAAAUUGACAUAUAUUAAAGCAAAAUACAGUAUUAUAUAUGCUGCAAGACAAGCAUAAAAUAUGUAUAGUAAAAACAAAACAUUAACAAAUCAUUUGUAAUGCUGUAGUAAACAUCAAAUGUGACUUCAUUCAUAAAUGCCAUUCUGUUUCUGCUGUAGUGCAAUAAUAUAAUGUUCAAAAGGCAUUUUCUGUUUUAACACCAUACCGUAAUUUGCAUCAAACCUGACCCACAUUUGCAUUAACAGACCCUUUGGCAGGUUCGAGGGAUUAAUGGCAACACCAGCAUUUUUCCGGGGCUUUUUCCAUAGCCUGAAAAGUGGUUGUGAACAUUUUGGAAGAGCUUUUACUGAUAAUAACAGAACAUGGACAAUGCAUAUUAUAUACACAUUAAACAAUAUGUAAUACAUGAUAACAAAUGGCUAUAUUUUAAGAGCUUAAAAAAGUAAAAUGCAAACUGUUUUCUGAUUUCAGUAAGGCCUCAUUUUCUUUCCUCAUUCAGGAUUAUUUUCUCCUCAUGCUUCCAUCAUUGUUUAUUUAGUCUUCAUUGCAUCCUCAGUUGCUGUAAAAGUGAAUUCACUGUGGCUCCGUGUCAGGGCUCGGGCAGACUUCUCUGACAGGUUUCCUCUUCCCCCAGUGCAGGUGUCUGUAGAUGGAGUCAAAAACUGAUGUGGUGUACCGUGCAAACAGGCUGGUCCACUUCACAGCCUCCACCAUCCACUGGACAGUACGUCCCACAAAGGCCAUGAACACUGUGGUGUAGUGUGCCAGCAGUAGCAGGCUCCUUCCCAGCUGUCGGCCACGGUUGAUGAUCAGGUUCACCCUCUGGUCAUGCCCCGCCAUUAUCACAGCUGUUAUAUAGUCCUGAUGCUGACGGAUCAAAUAGUUUGGCACAUUUUGCGUUUUUAUGAUGACGCUCCCUACAUCCGGUAGAAUUUGCAGACAGUCCCUUACACGCGCAGAUCCCGUCUGGCCAAUCAGAGCAGAGGAAGUUUUGUUUCCGGGAAUGUUUGGUGAUGUGGCUAUGUUCUGACAUCCAUCCGAGGAAAUAUAUCAAAUAAAAGGCAGAAACAUUUACCUGGGGAGCACUCGCACAGUGCCAUCUUUAUGUUUAGCCGUCUGGCCACGGUCCUCCAGGAGUUCUCUGGAGAGGAGGGCGCAGAUGCAGACCCACAGGGCAUGCUUGUGCCUCAGCUCCCUGCCAGUGAGGGCCAGGCUUCUCUGGAGUCUGAGGCACCUGAGGAGGCUAUGGAGAGGCUGGCCCACCUGGAACAGCUCGUGGUCCAGCUAAAGGAGCUUAUCCGGGAUAAAGAUUCACAGCUGGUCCAAAAGGAUGCUGAACUGGCCAGCAAAGGUGCUCAGCUCAAGAAUGAAAGUGAAGCAGCUGAAGCUCGCUUCACUAAACUCAAGCUGCAGGCCAAAGCCAAGAUGGCUUCACUGACUAAACAGAUAAAUGAAUUGAAAGGACAAGAAGGACUAACAAGCCCAGAGAGCUCAUUUACAGGAGCUGGUGCAGCAGUUGAGGAGGAGCUUCAAGAACUUAAGAAUAAGCUGAAUGAAGAGGAGGCCAAAAGCAGGGAGCUCAAAGAACGACUGGAGGCCACCGAACAGCUGCUUGAAGAGAAGGAAACUGUGCAUAAGGAACAGGUGCGGAUACUUCAGGCUGUGGUUUGUGAGAAGGAUGUGCGUUUCCAAGAACAGAUUCAGAAGCAUGAAGAGGAGCUGCUAAAGGUCACUGCACAGUCUCAGAAUGACAGCGAGCUUCAGCAGGCCUUUCAUGCAGCCCAGAGGCGGUGUGAGGAGCUGGAGGAAGCCCUGAACUCUCGGUCUCAAGUUCUAGAAAUGCUCCAGCAGGAAGUCAGCAGUGCUGAUCAGCAAAAACAGAUCUUAACUGCUCAGUUCCGUCAGAUGGAACAAGAGCUGGACAAUGCUGUCAAGCUGAGGGAGGAGGAGAGGCAGCAGUGGGCUGAACAAGCCAGCAAGGCUGAUGCUGAAAUCUCAGCCCUCCGAAGCAGCCUGGAGGCCCAGGAAAAUGAGAGAGCAGAGGUGGCUAGGCUGGAGAGCGAGCUGGCCUCCUUGAGAGAUGCAGAGCUUGUUAAUCAGGAAGCUUUGCAGAAAGAGAAGAUGGAUGUUGCCAGGCUAGAGAGAGAACUGGCUCUGAUUAAAGAGGCUGAGAUUACAGCCACCCAAGCAUCCCAUGAUGCGCUGGAGAGAAACAGGGCAGAAAUUGAUCGGGUUGAAAGAGAACUUGCAUCUGUGAGAGAGGCAGAGUCUGCAGCUGUCCAUGCCAGCCAGAACGCUUUGGAGAGGGAGAAGUCGGAAGUUGAUAAACUAAAUAAAGAGCUGACUGCCCUAAGGGAGGAGCAUGAACAUUUUCAGAAGAAAUCUAUGGUCUUGGAUGAAAUUGGGAGGCAUUUACGUUCUCUGUCUCUAGAAGAUGUGCCAGCAGCAGAGGAAAGCCCUGACUCUGGUGACCUUUCCCUGUUUAUCGAAACUGUGCGGUCUAUUGAGACCCAACUGACGAGGCUGAAAGAUGAACAUAAUGAGAGCGAGAAACGCUGUGAGCAGCUUACCAAUAACAUGGAUGUUCUUCAAGAACAACUGCACAGAAAAGCAACAGAACAGGAGGAGGCGACUGCCAAAAUACAGCAGCUGGAGCAGCAAAUUGAAGUGAUGUCUGAAAGAGGUGAUAUGACUGAACCAUCAGCACAUGAUAUAAAUGAAUCCCAAAAAGCACACAUACUUGCCCUGGAACAGCAACUAUUAGAAAAAGACAAUGAACUGGUAGCCUUAAGAGAGUCCCAUAAACUGACUAAGGAGCACAUUCCCAGUGGUGGCACUGUAGGGGAAAAUGAUCAGGUUCAGGAUGCUAGUAUGACCCACCAUGAUGAUUCUUCUCUUCUUGACCCACUGGAGGAAACACAAGAAGAGGAGGUCACUUUAGUUGCAGAGGACACUUCUGUUCUCUCAAUUUCAGCUGAUAAUGAGAGUAGCCCAGAGCUUAUUGGACACCAGUCGGAGUCUCCAGAAGAAUCCAAAGGGACCUCCUCUGAUGAGAUGGUUGCUAGCAGUGAUUCUGAGGUGGCCCACAGCAGCUGGACCCUCCUGGAAGCUGUGAAUCAAGACGGGGCCCAGGAAUGGCCAUCCAGUCUGCAGGACUUAAGCCAACUGCAGCUGCAGUCAUGGGAAGCAACAAGUAUGGAACAGGAAACCUCUACAGUUCAAGUAGAGUCUUCAUCCGUCAUCAUCCAAGAGACUGUUCAAGUUCAUUUAAGUUCUUCCUCCACAGACACUAAUGUACCAUCCGGCCAGGUCUUUGCACAGGUUGUGGCUGAGGAAAUCCAGAAAAGGCAUGGUGAACUUUUGGCAGAGCUCCAGAGGCUCAGAGAUGCUGCUGCAGAAUCACAGGAGAAAAUCAAGAGUCUGGAGGAGGAAACACGCAUUCUUACUGCUACUAAGGAGGAGGCAGAAUCUCAGGCCACUGAUUUUGGAGAAGAGCUUAAAACAGCCAGAAAUGAAUUAGAUAAGGUUUCCCAGCAAAGCAAUGAUGUGACAGAGAAGCAUGGUGUUGAAAUGCAACUUUUGGAAGAACAGAUAGACAUUUUGAACACUCAGAGUAAAGUCAAAGAUGAGAAGAUCCAAGCCUUGCAGAUAGAACUGGAAAUGGUCCUUCAAACUCUCUCUGAGCAGCAGGGUCAGGCCAGGAUGCUGAGUGCUCAGCUGGAGGACAGAGAGUUACUUUCCUCGGAGCUUGAAAGAAAGCUUCAGGAUAUGGAGAAUAGUAUGCUGGAAUUCUCCCAGACAUCAGAGCUCAACAAUGACUCUUUGUUAAAGAAGGACUCUGAGAUCACUGAACUACAGCUACGUCUCAGUCAAAAAGAGCAAGAGAUGAUGGAGCUUAACGACAGUAUGUCUGCCAAACUCCUUCAGGCAGAAGAAGAGAAGUUCCACAUUGACAGUGAAGUCAGUAAACUCAAGGAGCAGAUAAAGGAACUUGAGAAAAAUACAGAAAGUUCUCCAGAGUCAACAUUUCAAAUAGAUGAAAAACUUGAUAUAUUACAGAGGGAGAAAACUGAUUUGGAAAACCAACUGACAAACACAAAAAAGAAGUUGCAGGUGGCACUUGUGCAGCGCAAAGAGCUCAUGAAGAAAGUUGCUGAUUUUGAAAAGGCAAAGAAAACAAAAGAACAAGAUAUCACAACAUCAGAAGAAACAGAAAAACCUCAUAGCCAGGAAAUGCAUGAAAUGGAGGCUAAAUUUAUUGAACUUGAGCAGGCUUUACGAUCCAAAGAAGAAGCCAUUGAAACUCUUGAGCAGAAAAUUAGCCACCAGGAUCAAGUUCUUGCAGAGACACUUGCUCUAAAUAGAAAAUUAAAUGAAGAAGCUGAAAAUUAUCAGCAGACUGACUCUUCCUCUGACACGAGUGAGUUACAGUCCCAAGUGGCCUCCCUUGAAGCAGAGUGUGAGACAUUGCGGAGGAAAGUCCUGGAGGCCCAAGAAUCUCGCAAAGAAACUAUCCGCAAAGCAAAAGAGAAAGAAAGACACCACCGUGAGCAAUUGAAGCAGCAGAAAGAAGAAUACGCUGAACUCAUCCAACGAUGUGAAGUGCAGAGUAAUGAACGAGAAGUCCUUCUUACUAAAUUGAGAGAACUGGAGGGGAACAGUAAGAGAGAAGACCUGCCCCACCAGGAGAGAGAGGAUGUGGCUAAAAAUGUGGAGAAACCUGUAGCAAAUGAGUGGGCUCAGGAGGACUGGGUAGAUUUUGCCUCAUCUGAAACUGAUACGUCACAGCUGGCAUCCAGUGAUCAGAUUCAGCAUCCUGCAGAACAGGCUGAAGAUGUCUCUUCACAAAUGGAGGAAACUUUGAAAGCACUCAGAGAACAAAUCCAGACCCUACAGAUGGCUAACACAGAGUUAGAGAAGCAGUUGCAGGACGCUCACGACAGCCUGUCACUGAAAGAGACUGAAUUAGAGGAAUUGGGCAAAGGGCUGCAAGACUUAAGAGAAAAGGAAAGGCAAAUUGAGGCACUUUCAGAGGAAAUGAAUGAUCUUAGAAACAAGUAUCAGGAAGCUGAGUCUUGUGCUGAAAAGCUGAAAGCAGAGAUGGAAGCUGCAGUCAGUGCAGCUUCUGCAGAUUCUUCAUCCUCCAUUGCUGCUUUUCAAGCUGAAGCUGAGGAAUUUAAGCAAUUUCUGGACAAUAAAAAUCAUGAAAUAAUGGAGCUCAGUCACCAACUUACCGAACAGAACUCUCUCAUACAUUCCAUGCAGGAUACUGUCUCUCAGAAAGAUGAAUUAAUCAUUUCAUUACAGGAAGAAUUAAAGGCAGAGCAAGAGAAAACUCAAAGGUUAGAGAUUGAACAUCCACAAAAGCAAGAGGAAGAAAAAGAUAGUGAGACAAAGAUCCAGCAGCUUCAACGGAAGCUUCAGGCUGCCCUUAUCUCUCGUAAAGAGGCCCUCAAAGAGAACAAAACUCAAAAGGAGCAGCUAGCAUCAAAUGAGCAGCUCAUAGCUGAGCUGCAGAAGAAAAUGGAAACAACAGAAGAAGAGCUGGAGAAGCUAUGUACUGAAAGAGUUAGACUGAUUGAUGAGGUUGAUCGAACAUUACUAGAGAACCAAAGUCUGGUGUCAUCAUGUGAGAGCCUCAAGCUGGCAAUGGAAGGCAUACUGAAUGAAAAAGAUAGUUGUAAAAGAGAAGCUGAGCUGGCAAAAGAGGAGGCUGCCAAGGCAUGCAGAGAAUGGGAGGAAAAGGUACAAGGCAUGAAGGAUGAAUAUGAAACUCUGCUCAAGUCAUAUGAAAAUGUAAGUGAUGAGGCAGAACGUGUGAGACGUGUUCUGGAAGCUGCCAGGCAGGAGAGACAGGAGCUAGCAGCCAAAGUAAGGUCACAUGAAGUUGCCAGGCAGGAAGCUGAACAUCAGGCAGAAGAAGCACAAAAAGAAGUAGAUUCAGUGAAAGACAAAAUGAGAAAGUUUGCCAAAACAAAGCAGCAAAAAAUAUUAGAGUUAGAGGAGGAGAAUGAAAGACUCCGAGAGUUGCAGGAAAAGACUGUCACAACUCGAGAGGACAGGGAACUGAGAACUGAGCUGAAAAGACUUCAAGAAGAGCUGGGAGCUUUAAAAGAUGAGUUAGAAACAACAGCAGAGGAAAGAGACUCUUUGGGUCAUCAGAUUAAAGACUUACAGCAACAACUUUCCCAGAAAGAGGAGGAAAUCAAUGUAAUUCAGGCCACUCCACUUAGCUCCUCAGCUGUUAUAGAGGAGGUUGUUACUGCCCAGCAAUCAGCUGUAAUCAUGACGAAAAGUGAGCCUAAUGAGGGUGAAUAUGAAAAUGAAGAAAAACACUUAAAUCAAGCGGAGACUCCAGAUGAGCAAGAAACUUCACUAGAAACAGACUUGCAACUUACUGAGGAAAAAACAGCAGUGACUGACAGUGAGAAUAAAAUGAAGGAGAUUGAAGCAGCAGUUAAUGCAGAAAGAGAGCUGUGGCUGCAACGGGAGAUUGAGCUUAAGAGUGAACUGUCCUCUCUUGAGCAAGAUCUCCAAGUGAGUAAUGAAAAGGUGACCCUACUGAGCCCCCUAGAGAAAUGCCUUGAAGAGGCCAAAGAGAGAGAAAAGAGCCUGAUUGAAGAGGGUGAAAAAAGGGAAACCCAGUUUAAAGACCUCUUAAAAAGCCUUGAAAAUGAGAAAGAUAAUCUAGAGGAACGUUUGAUGAACCAGUUGGCACAACUCAAUGGGAGUAUUGCCAGUUAUCAGCAAGAAGGAGCAGACAACCGAGAGCACCUCGCGGAACUUCAGCGUGUGGUGGAGAGGUUGGAGAGGGAGCGAGCUGAACUAGAGGCUGAAGCUCAGAGUGAGAGAGACCGGGCUGCCAGGCUGGAGGAGGACAUGAGACAGGCCCAGAGAGAAAGAGCUGAAGCUGAAGCCGAGUCUGGAAAGCAAAGAGAGCUGGAACAACAGCUUCGGUCUGCUCAGAGGGUGAAAGAAGGCAGCCAGAGCCGAGCGCGUCAGUUAGAAGAACUGUUGAGGGAAAAGCAACUGGAGGUUCGUCAGAUGCAGAAGGACUGCAUUCAGUACCAGGAGAGGAUUAGUGAGUUGGGUAGAGAAGCAAAAGCACUGCAGCUUAGCCGUGAUGAGCUGCACAAGAAGCAAGAACAAUCUCAAAUGGAGAUUUCCAAAACCUUAGCUGACCUGAAAAAGACUGAAGAUGAGCUGGCAAGCUGGAAAACCCAAAUGGACACCACAGAGAAACAGUUGAGACAGGUUUUAGCUGACAAAACAGCAUUAGAAGAGAAAAUUCAAGAGAGAGAGGCUUUUAUGAAAGCUGAAGCAGAGCAAACCCUGGACUCUGUGAGAUUCAGGCUUGGAGCUGAGCUUAAGGAGAUGGAACUGAGACUGGAAGAAGCUUAUAGAGAGAGAGAAAAGGAAGAGGAAGCCACACUGGAGGCCAGAGAAAUGGUGGAAGGAGCUGAGAGACGGGCACAAGAGAUGCAAGCUCGUCUGGAUGAGUCUCUGGCAAGGUUAGCUGCCUUCUCACGCUGUAUGUCCUCACUGCAAGAUGAUCGAGACAGAGUUUUAGAUGAGGCCCGACAGUGGGAGAGUCGCUUUAAUGGUGCCCUGCAGGGUAAGGAAGCUGAAGUUCGGGAGGCCGAAACCCGGGCCAAAGACCUCACAGAACAGCUUCAGAAAGAAUCUGCCAUGAAAGAGGCCCUUCAGCUCUCACUCGAUAGACUGGAGAAAGCGGACAAAGAAUGGCAGCUGAGACUGGAAGAAGUGGAAAAUAAAUUUAGUGAAAGCCAAGCUGUUCUUGAGGAAGAGAGGAGCAAGCUCAAGGAAACUACAGCUGAGAUGAUAUCUGCACAAAAUGAAGCUCAUACCCUUAAAAAUGAGGUGGAGAGUCUGCAUCAGAGGGCUCGGGCUCUAGACGAGGCUGUGGUUCGGUUACAGACUGAAGUCGAUCAGGCCAGGAUUGAGCUGAGGGAGAGAGAAUCGGAGGAGAGGCGGCUUUGUCUAAAUGUGGAGCAGCUAGAGACAGACCUGCGCUCCUCCAAAGCUUUGACGGAAAAUCUGCAGACAGAGUUAAAUGAGAAGGAAAGGAGAGAGGUAGAAAUGUUGGGAGAGAAGGAGCAAGCUGUUGCUCAGGCUGCAGAGGAUGCAAAAACAGAGGCUGACAGCAGGGCACAGGAGGCAGAAAACGAGUUGGAGCAAAAAAGAGGAGAAUUGCGUGAUCUGGAAGAAAAGCUACGAAAGGGAGAGGAAGAGAGCAACAACAGAAAAGCUAGACUGGACUCUUUCAUGAAGGCCAUGGGAUCUUUGCAGGAUGACAGAGACAGAGUCCUCAACAUGUACAAACAGCUGGAGGAGAAACACCUGCAGGUAAUGAUGGAGAAAGACGGUCUAAUCCAAGAGGCUGCAGGAGAGAACAACAGUCUGAAGGAAGAGCUGCGUUCUCUGCUGGUCCAGAGAGAUGACCUGUAUGCUGAAAAGGCCAAGCUGUCCGCUCAGCUUCAUGGCUACCGUGAUGAACUUAACCAAGUGCUCAGCAUGAAGGACUCCCAGCACAAACAGCUUUUGGCAGCCCAACGAGAACGGAUUGCGUCUCUGGAAAGGGAACACGAAGAAAUGGAAAGCCAGCUGAUGAGCCUUAGCAAAGCCAGAGAGGCUGAAGUGGAAGGCAAAUUGGAAAUAGAGACUCUUAAUCAGGCUGGUGACAGCAGGGCGUCAUCACAGGUGGUAGAUGCUCCUGGAGCAGAGGUUGAAAAGCUGAGGGAGCAGCUGGAAGCAGCAAGAGAGCAGGUGAAAGGUUUGGAGGAGACCCUACAUAGAGAGAGGCAGGAGCAGGAGAGUAAGAGCAAAGAGCUUGCUGAGCUGCGAUGGGAGGGAGGUGUGAUGCGGACAGAGUCAGAGAGCGCUCAGGAGCGGGUGGCAGAGCUGGCCCGAGACCUGUUGGCUGUUGAACAGAAGCUGCUCGAAGAGAAAGAAGUUACAGCUCAGCUGACGGCAGAGAAGCAGUCAUUUACUAAAGCCAUGGCCUCUCUACAGGACAGCAGGGACCAGGCAGUCGCCAAGGCCCAAGAACUGAGCUUUAAGGUGGAGGAGAUGAGCAAGGCAGGAGGUCACACAGCUCAGAGUAGUCCUGGAGGCUCCACUGGAGAAGUAUGGGGCCUGAAAAAUGCACUACAAGCCCUGCAGAAUGACAGGGAAAGACUGCUGGAGCAGCUUCAAACACAAACCUCUAAGAUCAAGAAACAGAAGUCAGAGCUGGCUCGGUUGGGAGCAGGAGAACUGAUUAAAGUCAGCCAGGAGCUGUUUGAGGAGAAGAGGAGGAGUGAAGACAUGCUGGGAGUCAUAACAGAACUAGAAAGGGUUGUGGAAGUGGGCAGGCAUGAAAUAGAAACACUACGUUUGGAGCGUAUUGAUUGGAUGGCUCAAGCAGAGCAGCUGAAGCAGCAGACACUUGCUACGCUCUCUGAGAGGGACCAACAGCUGCGCCAACUUAGCGCCAUGCUGGAGGAAGUUCGGAAUCAGAAACCUAAAAUUCAGCAGGAGCUCUAUCAGAGGGAGGGAACAGAGGAGGUGGACAGUGCUCCUGGUGCUCCACAGGAGAGAAGUACAUUACUGGAGAGCCACACCUACAUAGCUGAAGUCAAAGAGCUACAGCAGAGGCUUGAUGAUGAAAUUCAGCAGAGGAUGGCUGCUGAGGAGCAGCUAGUGGCUGUGCAGGAUCGACUCAAACGUCACAGCCCGGCUAAAUGGCAUUCUGCGCAUGAAGGGGAUCACUCGGAGACUGCUGUCUUUAUUGAGCCACCAGAAGGAGCCGUCACUCGAACUCGGAGAGGUGGUCCAGGCCUGAUGCGGAUGCUGCGAGUGGCCUUCUGCUCCCGUCAGCGCACUCCUCUGCUGCUCAGCCUCUAUCUGCUCACUGUGCACGUCCUGCUGCUGCUGUGCCUGGGCGGAUACCUCUGAAACCAGCUCCCUUUAAGCAAACUUCGCAGACAAGGCACAGAGUUAGAGGAACAGAUGAAAAGUGGAAGGACGACACAAACCCAAGUCGAACCAUGUUUUUAAUGAAUACACAAAAUACUGCACUUUACAUGAAGUACGAUGAACGUGUAGCCAAAGUAUUUACUGUAUAUUUACAGUUUAAAGGGAACUGUUGUCACUGAGUUUAACCAAUGGGAUCAUGUUGGAGUUACUUAAAAUCCCCUGAGAGGAGAUAAAGGGACGAAGUUAUAAUUUUUUCUGGCUAAGGGCAGACAACAUGUAGAUUCAUAAUCAAGUAUUUGGGCAGAUGGAGUUUUUCUUGUGCCUUUAGAAUGAUAGACUUAAUAUUAAUGGACUCAAGGGUCACUUUAUAUUUAAUGGUUUGAGAUGCAGGACACAACUGUUAUUGUCCAGACUCUUCCUCUUCUGCUCAUUUCAUGCACACAAAGAGCACAGUGCAAUUUCUGUUCUCAUACAUUCCUACUGUGUACCGACCUUUUCUUUUCUCUUAUAGAAAUCAAGGAGCAUUAUCGUUGUAUUUGUACAUAUGUGCAUUUAUUAGUGUCCCUACAGGCUGGAUGGGAGGUUUCAUGUCCAGUAAUCCUUCUCUGUCCAUGUUUAUGUUACACAGAUUCAGACUUUCUUGACAGGUGAAGUCGUCAGCCAGGUGACAUGUUAUCAUGGUGUGAGGACAGAGGCUGUUGGUUUUAAUAAUGUUCAUCCCAUUACUGACUACUUUGAUGUAGCAUAAUUUAUUGUCCAUACCUAGUAAUGGUGAAAUAAUCUACUACUUACAUUUUACGUCAUCACGAUUAUUCAUUUGAUUACUUGCUGUUGAUAAAAUGACUACUCUGGACUUUUCUUUUUUCCCACCAUGCAUACUUAUUUGGCUUUACUGAAAUACAUUUUAGCUGUAAAUAACUGUUUAAAAAGGGCUGUAUACAAAAAUAAAUGUAAUUUAAGUAUUGGUGGUUUAGAUCAGGGACCGAUCUUAUAGAACAUUAAUAUUUUACUAUUCUGUGUCUCAGAAUUUUGGACCAAUUAGGGGUUUAAUUCCAUCAAUUGGGGUUCAGUGUUAAUUUAAAUCCAGCAAAUUAAAACAAUUUUUUUUCUUUUUAUCAUUUUUAUUCAGUAACUAGGAAUAAAUGGUUUAUCAUUAAUCAAUGAUUUUACAGUUUCAGCAAACGCAACAUCCUGUGACACACAAGCCAGUGCUGGUUUCAAUCAUGCUGUAAAACUGUUUCUGAUGUAAACACUGUUACUGCUGACACUAAAAUCAAUAAAAGGGUGUUUUUAUUUGGGAGUGA